AUGGCAAUGUACGUGAUGUAUGUGUUCCUGAGUCUAGCUGCGCUUGCAGGAGCCGUACCAGUCGUUUACUUCCCAUUCAACUCUCAGCUACCGCCUGCGACGAGGAUAUCGGAGCCAUUUUCGUACACUCUUUCACCUCAAACCUUUUCUUCACAGUCUCGACUAUCUUACAGCCUACUACACUCGCCAGCAUGGCUCUCGAUCGAUGCCAGCACCGGCCGGCUCUCUGGGACCCCCGAGGAUAAAGAUGUUCCGGCAGGGGAAGUGGUGGGCAUCCCGGUGGACAUCGUUGCAACGGACAAUUCUGGGUCUGCCACGAUGACGGCGACUCUGGUGGUGACGAGGAGACCUACACCCAAGCUCAACAUUCCUCUAUCGGAGCAAAUUCAGAACUUUGGCGAUACAUCAUCGCCGUCUGCCGUCGUGGCAUCUCCCGCGUCCGACUUCUCCUUCACAUUCGCCAAGGAUACAUUCUCUUAUGCUGGAGACGGAUUAAAUUACUAUGCCACUUCAGCAGAUAGCAGCCCUCUGCCUUCAUGGAUCAAGUUGGACGCCGGCAGCCUUACAUUCACCGGGAAGACACCACCAUUCGAAUCACUCGUCCAGCCGCCCCAGAAAUUCGACUUCAGCCUCGUUGGUUCCGAUAUCAUCGGAUUCUCGGCUGUUUCCGUUGUCUUUUCUAUCGUUGUCGGUGCCCACAGGUUGACAACAGACACGCCCACUAUCGAGAUCAAUGCAACGCGGGGGACAAAUGUCUCGUACGCGGCACUCGCCGGCAGUAUAAAGCUGGAUGGGAAUACCACUACGCCAUCCGAGUUGAACCUCACCACGUCAGGCCUUCCGAGCUGGCUCUCGGUCGAUAAUAGUACAUUCGAGAUCCAGGGCAACCCCCCUGAGGAUGCGAAAUCCUCAAACUCUACGCUCACUAUUCGGGACGUAUACUCCGAUACUCUUAACAUUAUUUUAUCGGUGUUCAUUGUUACGCGAAUCUUCCGGGACACGAACUUGAGCAUCGAGGCGACGCCGGGAAAGAACUUUACGUUCGAUGUGGAACCUUAUCUCUGGACGCCUUCAGAUAUUGAUCUUAGUGUCGAAUCCUCGGCAGACUGGGUCAGCGUUGACGGCUUGGUCAUAUCGGGAAUGCCCCCCAAAACUACAUCGCCCGAGAACAUUAAAUUCAUUGUCAAGGCGACGUCAAAAAGCUCAGAGGAGACCGAGACGGCGACGGCAGAUUUGGAAGUCUUGCCUCUGCCGGCCACUACUACCACGGAUUCUCCCACAUCCUCUACGAAGCCAACGAAUCCCGCACCUACAAGCGAUCCGCAACAAGGCCUAAAAGCUGGUUAUAUAGCCCUGGCGAUUCUCUUACCGCUACUCUUCCUCGCGAUUGUUGUUCUGUUGAUCAUAUGUUGCCGGAGAAGGAAGCAAAAACGAGAAUCGAUUCACGAGAACUUCAAAAACAGCAUAUCGGAGCCAGUCCCUGGCUCGUUUGUGAUGAAUGGAGGGGCCCACAGCAGAGACGGAUCGUCGGUCGGAGAUAUGAAGAAGCCCGAAGACAAUCGACGCAGCAGGGGUUACUUCAACUCUGCUGUACAGAAAAUGAGACAAUCGAGGACGCUUUCGACUAUCACCGGCUCU